GUAUUCUUUCUGUAAACUGAAAAUAAUUUAAAAUUAUAAAAUACAUAUAUAUAUAUGCUGAAUUCAGUAAUAAAAAAAUAAUAAUUAGUAUUGGUCAUUAAGGGCCUAAUGGCUCAAGACCAAUACAAGAGUAUAAAGUGAUAUCUACCUAUAAUGAUUGUAUAAUUUUCCUCUUAUUGUUACUUUUAUUGUAAAAUUUAAUUAAUCAUGGGUGAUCCGUACUAUAAUUAUUACAUGAACUGCCAGGGAAAUUAUAACUAUACUCCACAACAACAACAGCAAUGGAAGGAAUGGAUGUCGCAAAAUUAUGCUUAUUACAAUCAGUAUCACUAUAAUCCUCAAUAUCCACCACCAGUUGGUAAUUUUAAUGUUCCACCUCCAAAUAUGAUGCCACCUAUGCCAUAUGCAAAUGUUUACAAUCCCCCAAGACCAACUACAGAUCCAAGUAAAAAUGUACAUAGCGAUUAUUCCAAAGAGCUUGAGUCUUAUAAAUCAAAUAGGCAGAUGGACAGUAUUUUAAGUAGCAGAAUUACCAGGGAAACAGCUAAAUCUCCUUUAAAUAAUAGUCGGUCAGACAAUUUUAGAGAUUAUAAACACAGAUAUGAUAGACAAAGCCAAAGUAGAUCUAGAUAUGAUGAUAGAAAGCAUAGGUCAAGGAGAUCUCCAGAACCAAGAGAUAGACAUAGUUCCAAAGAUAGGCACAAACCAUUUAGAAGUAGACCAAAUUCAAAGGAAAGGUCUGAAAGGGAUAUUCUUUUAACUAAAUGGCGUAAAAACUACUGUGCCACAAGUGAAGAAAUGUCUUCCAAAAUGGAGGAACUUGCAAAAGAAAACAAUGAGGAAGACGUUACUGAAGAGAAAAGUAUGUGGACAAGAACAACACCUGCAGAUUUGUAUUAUGUGAGAGAUGAGGAAAAUGCCAAAUUAAUUAAGGGUUCAGAAAAACAAUUACAAUUGUGUGAUGAAUUUAAGGCUAAUUUAAUUGAUAGAAAAAAAAAUUCUAAUAAAGAUAAGCCCAAAUAUGUGCCACCACCAAGGAAAAAUAGGGCUAGGCUAUGUAAACAUAAAAGUGAAGUUCACAGUUCUUCUUCUGGAAGUUCAUCAGAGGAUAAUUUAACCGAUGAAGAAGAUUAUACCAUGGAGGAACUUCAAAGAAAGCAACAACAUCCUGAUAGAUUACAUCCAGAAAUGUGGUACAAUGAUCCUGGUGAAAUGAAUGAUGGUCCUUUGUGUCGUUGUUCUGUAAAAUCCCGAAAAUCAGGAAUAAGGCAUGGAAUAUAUCCUGGUGAAAAACGUCAAAUUAAAUGCGACGUUAACUCAAAUAACGCUACCAAACUCUACCAUUACAGGAUAACCAUAUCGCCUCCAACAAACUUUCUAACCAAAACUCCCACCAUUAUACAACAUGAUGAACAUGAAUUUAUAUUUGAAGGAUUUUCGAUGUUUUCACAUUUCCCGUUGGUCAAGUUGCCCACUUGCAAGGUCAUAAGGUUUAAUAUUGAAUAUACGAUUUUUUAUAUUGAAGAAAAAAUACCAGACAACUUUACUAUAAGAGAACUAGACUUAUUUUAUGAAUAUCUUUUUGUUGAGCUUCUGGAGUUGGUAGACUUGGAUUUCAAAGCGUACAAUGACAAAGAAGGUUGCGCCCAAUUUCAUUUCAUGCCAAGGUUUGUUAGAGAACUGCCUGACAAUGGAAAAGAAAUUUUAUCUAUGAAUGAAGUGCUUAUUUAUUUAUUGAACAGUUCAGGUCCACUUAUUGAGAAAAACAAACUGGUGGAUAUGGUCAACAUGAGCCAGUUUGAGUGGCAGAGUUAUGCGGAUGAGAUAAAAGGGAUGAUUGUAACAUAUCCUGGUAAAAAACCAUGUUCUGUCAGAGUUGACCAAUUGGACAGAAAUUUAGAUAAACAAGGGAUGGGAGAUUAUAAAUUUCCCGAAAUUGUCCAUUUUGGUAUACGACCUCCUCAACUAAGCUACGCUGGAAACCCAGACUAUCAAAAAGCAUGGCGCGAUUAUGUGAAAUUUCGCCACUUGAUAGCCAACAUGCCCAAACCGUCGUUUGAAGACAAGCGAAAACUGGAGGCGAAAGAAAACAAACUGCAAGAGAUGCGCACGCAGGGUAAAAUGAAACGCGACGUGACCGUGGACAUUUCGUCCGAAGGUUUUUAUCGAACCGGUAUUAUGUGCGACAUAAUCCAGCAUGCAAUGCUAAUACCUGUGCUGGUUUGUCAUUUAAGGUUUCAUCAUGCUUUGGAUAUUUUGGAAGAGUCGAUUUGCUAUAAGUUUGCCAAUAGAAGUUUGUUGCAACUGGCCUUGACUCAUCCUUCGUACCGAGAGAAUUUCGGCACCAACCCCGAUCAUGCCCGAAACAGUCUUACCAACUGUGGUAUAAGGCAACCGGAGUACGGGGAUAGAAGAAUUCAUUAUUUAAAUACCAGAAAAAGAGGUAUAAACACCCUAAUAAACAUUAUGUCUAGAUUUGGUAAACAGUAUGAAACCGAAUCUAAUAUCGGUCACAAUGAACGUUUGGAAUUUUUGGGCGAUGCAGUCGUGGAAUUUUUAUCGUCGAUUCAUUUGUUCUACACGUUUCCUAGCUUGGAAGAAGGCGGUUUGGCAACAUACAGAGCGGCCAUAGUGCAAAAUCAGCAUCUAGCAGUCCUUGCUAAAAAGUUGAGACUUGAUCAGUUUAUGCUCUAUGCUCACGGAUCCGAUUUGUGUCACGAUUUGGAAUUGAGGCACGCGAUGGCCAAUUGUUUUGAGGCUUUUAUGGGAGCUUUGUUUCUAGAUGGGGGAAUAGAGGUUGUUGACAAGGUAUUUUCUGAAACCCUUUUUAAAGAAUGUUCAGACAUUCUUGAGGUAUGGGUGAACUACCCGCCUCAUCCAUUGCAACAACAGGAGCCCACAGGAGACCGACAGUGGAUUCCAAAGUUUGAACUGCUCCAAAAAUUGACUAAAUUCGAGGAAUCGAUAGGAGUUGAGUUUAACCACAUUAGACUUUUGGCCAGAGCGUUUACAGAUAGAAGCAUUGGCUACACUAAUUUAACCAUGGGAUCAAAUCAAAGACUGGAGUUUUUAGGAGAUACUGUUUUACAGUUAAUUGCCUCGGAUUAUUUGUAUAAAUUCUUUCCUGAACAUCAUGAAGGACACUUAUCACUUCUACGAAGUUCUUUGGUUAAUAAUAGAACGCAAGCUGUGGUUUGUGAUGAUUUAGGAAUGACUAAUUAUGCAGUAUACCAUAAUCCAAAACUCGAAUUAAAAACCAAGGAUAGGGCUGAUUUACUUGAAGCUUUUAUUGGUGCAUUAUAUGUGGAUCAAGAUCUUGAAUCUUGUGAGGUGUUUUGCCAAGUUACACUUUUUCCUAGGUUGCAAGAUUUUAUUGUAAAACAAGAUUGGAAUGACCCUAAGUCAAAGUUACAACAGUGUUGUCUUACUUUAAGAACAAUGGAUGGAGGAGAACCAGAUAUUCCCGUUUAUAAAGUUAUCGAAUGCAAAGGUCCCACCAAUACACGUUUGUACACUGUAGCUGUAUAUUUUAGAGGAAAACGUCUGGCACAUGAAACUGGCCACAGCAUACAACAGGCAGAAAUGAAAGCGGCCAAAAAAGCUUUAGAUGUUUCACAAGACCUUUUCCCCCAACUGGACCAUCAAAAACGCGUAAUUGCUCAUAGUAUGAAAAAACAAAAAAACAAACGCAAAGACAAAAAAAACUACGACUCUAGGACUCCAGAGAGAUAUUCCAAAUAUCGUUUCCGAAGUAAAUCAAGAUCUAGAUCCAGAAGCAGAUCAAUUAGUUAUAGAUCUAGGUCCAGAACCCGACAUUCUUCCAGAUCCAAGUAUAAAAGAUCCAAAUCUAGAUCAAGAAGUUGUGAUUCUCCAUCACCAAAAAGAUAUAAUAGAAAAAGCAGAUCUCGCUCUUUUAGUACAACAAGACAGGAAAAAGGAGAAUGCAGUAAUUCAUAUAGAGCUAACAAAAAAUCACCUACAAGUUCUAGGUCUCGGUCCAAAUCUAGAUCUAGAUCUAAAAGCCCCGGUGUAGUUUCAACGUUGAACAAAAAUUUAGGGAGUAAAUCCCGGUCAAGUAGUCCUCACUUGUCCAAAGAAACAAAUUACUUUUAAAAUUUAGUUAAAGUAAUUUGAAUAAUGUGAACAAAUUUUGUUAGUGUUUAAUAAAGUGUUGUACAAUGUUUGGCAUAAUUGGUUUAAGAUUAAUUUAAUUUUUGAUUUCCACUUUUAAUAUUAAUAUCGUUUUUACCAAAAAUACAAUUAAUUUUUACUUAGAUGUCUUUAUAUUUAAC